AUGGAGCCUGUUGAGCGACACCCAGCCAAUUAUGAAUUUCAGACUGCAGUGGUUUGGUUCCGGCGAGACCUCCGGGUGGACGAUAACCCGGCUCUUGAAGCUGCUCUCAACGCAGCCGCAACUGUGAUACCUGUGUUCAUAUGGGCACCUGAGGAAGAAGGACAGUUCCAGCCUGGACGCUGCAGUCGCUGGUGGACGAAGCACUCGCUGGUUGACCUGCAGCAGGCACUCGCCGCGCUUGGGAGCCGCCUCAUUAUUCGACGGUCCACGGAUUCCACAGCAGAGCUCUUGAAGGUCGUUGGAGAAGUGCGGGCUGAGGCUGUUUUUUUCAACCACCUGUACGACCCUAUCAGCCUCAUGCGUGACCACGACUGCAAACGGGGCCUUGCGGCAGCGGGUGUCGCGCACCGUACAUUCAAUGGCGACAUGCUAUAUGAGCCUUGGGAGGUCCUGGACGUCAAUAAACAGCCCUAUUCCACCUUUGACGAUUUCUGGAACAGCGUCCGGGCUAUGACAGUACCGCCGCCUUUCCCUAUGGCGGCGCCAGCUGCAAUGCCGCCCGUGCCGGCCUUCGUGCCGUCCUUGAUGGUUUCGGAGGUAGAUUGGUUCUUCACCGCGGAGCAGGAGGCGUCCAGCGACCAACUGAAAUUUAAGUGGAAGCCCGGAGUGGGCGGCGCCAUAGCAGAGCUGGAGCGCUUCGUGACUGAGCGGCUGCACGUGUUCGAGCAUGACCGGGCCAAAGUGGACCGGGACUCCACCUCGCGACUGUCACCGUGGAUCCACAUCGGCAGCAUCAGCGUACGAUACAUCUUUUACAGGAUUCGGCAGUGCCAGGCGGAGUGGCUGGCAGCCGGUGUGGACCGCACUCGCUCCUGUGAUGAUUUCCUGCAGCAGGUGGGAUACCGGGAAUACUCGCGAUACCUGUCCUUCCACUUCCCCUUCAUACACGAGCGCUCCCUGCUGCGCCACCUGCGGGCCUGUCCCUGGAGAAUCGACCAGCAUGCCUUCAAGGCUUGGCGCCAGGGCCAGACCGGGUACCCCAUCGUGGAUGCGGCCAUGCGGCAGCUGUGGAGCAGCGGGUGGUGUCACAACCGCGCACGUGUGGUGGCGGCUUCCUUCCUCGUGAAGAACCUGCUGCUGCCCUGGCAGUGGGGGCUGAAGCACUACUGGGAUGCGCAGAUCGAUGCGGACCUGGAGUGCGACGCGCUGGGCUGGCAGUACGUCAGCGGUGGCAUGAGCGAUGCGCAUCCCUUCAGUUACAUGAUGGACCUGGAGAAGGAGGCGCGCAGGUUCGACCCCGACGGAGAGUAUGUGCGGCGGUGGCUGCCCGUGUUGUCCCGCCUGCCCACCGAGUACAUCCAUGGCCCCUGGAAGGCGCCUCCGCAGGUGCUUGCCGCUGCUGACGUGGAAUUGGGCUGCAACUACCCGGCACCCAUCAUCUCCCACAACGACGCACGAGUCAACGUGGAGUACGCCUGCUCAGUCCUGGACAAGUGCGUCGUGGCGCAAUCCAGCGAAAGCAGCGGCAGAUACCCCUACCGGGCGCCCACCUACCCCGCCGCGAUGGGAGGCGCUGGCGCGAGCUCUGGAGCUAAUCCUACAGGCACUGGCGGCGGCGGCGGUACGUACGGCGGCAGUGCGCCGGGAUCCCGACAGAAUCCGCACAUGUACGGCAGUGCCAGCGGGCUUGCGCCGGAGCAGGCACAGGCAGGUUCUGGUAGCCGUGGUGGCGGUUGGGUUUCCGGCGGUGGCUCAGCAGGCAUGCGGGAGGAUGGCGGCGGCGUGUCGGGACAACGUGUACGGCGUGACGCCCCGUCCGGCAGUGCCGGAGGCGGUAGCGGCGGCGGCGGUGGAGCGCCUGGCUCGGCCCCCGUGUCGCAGCUGGCUGCUGGUGGGAUGCCACCGCCGCAAGCUCUCGCCCCAGCGCCUGGUGGGGGUGUUUAUUACCACCCCGGCGACGCGGCAGGCCAGCAGGUGCUGGAGCAGAUACUUCAGCAGCAGCGUCGUACGCGCGCCGCCACUGUACGGCAGCAGGACGGCAGCGGCACGGACCGCCCGCCACCACAUUACCAGAAUCAGAUUCAGCAAAUGCCGCCGCCUCCGCCGCAGCAGCAGCACUUCCAGCAGCACAACGCGGGUCAGGGGAUGCCGCCGGAUGGAGGCGCCGACACCACCCUGGCCGCCGCCGCAGCGGCUGCAGCGGCUGCCGCAGCCGCUGCCGCGGCCUGGGCGGGCCGUGUUGAGGCCGGCGAUGCAGACGAGGAGGCUGUAGCGCUGUGGCAGCAGCAACAGAUGCUGCAGGGCGGCACGGCGGCCUAUGCGUUCGAGCAGGCCAUGCAGAUGCUGCUGGCGCGGCGUCGCAUGGGUGAUGGUGUCAGCGCCAUCAGCGGCGACCAAGGUGGCGAUCAGGGCCCUGACGGCCCGGACCUGGACGACGCGAAUAGUGAGGAGGUGGUGUCCAACACGGUCAACCUCAACAUGACGGCCUUCACGGGUGCGAGCGCGUAUAGGAACCAGGCGGGCACAGCGCGCGGUGCACGGAAGCGCGGCCGGGAGGCCGCGGCGGCCGCAGCGGCUGCGGCCAAGGCCGGCGGGCGCGACGACGGAGCGGGGCACGAAGAGGAGGUGGAGGAGGGGCAGGUGGGUCGGUUCUCUCCUCCUCUCGAUAUCCUUCACCUGGUUAUGAUGUGUUCCUUUUCCUCCAAAAUAUCCCUCACGGAAUUCUUCUGUCACUUUACUAGUUGA